AUGUUCGUGGCGCCCGCAAUAUCGCAGUUCCCAAAUUCAGGAAUGUGUACGGCAAGGUGGCAAGUCGAGAGAACUGUUACGAAUGCAUACCCAUCACCAAGAACGUGCAUGACAACUCUUUCUGUGCCGUCAACUCCAAGUUCCUAGCCAUUGUUACCCGAGAGUGCGGGAGGGGGUGCAUUUCUGGUGAUUCCCCUCCACCUUUAGACUGGACGCAUUGAGCCCAACCACCCCAAGGUGUGCGGGCACCAGGGCACAGUGCUGGAUGUUAAGUGGAACCCGUUCAUUGAGAACGUCAUCGCCUCCUGCUCCGAGGACACCUCGGUGCGGAUAUGGGAAAUCCCGAAUGGUGGGCUGAAGAAGAACAUGACAGAAGCGGUGCUGGAACUGUAUGGACACAGCAGAAGAGUGGGGCUCAUAGAGUGGCAUCCUACAGCCAACAACAUAUUGUUCAGCUCAGGCUACGACUACAAGAUACUGAUCUGGAAUCUGGAUGACGGGGAAGCAGUGAAAAUGAUAGACUGUCACACGGAUGUCAUCCUUUGCAUGUCCUUCAACACAGACGGGAGCCUACUGGCCACCACCUGCAAAGAUAAGAAGUUGCGUGUGCUGGAACCUCGUUCAGGGAGAGUGCUGCAGGCAGCAACCUGUAAAAACCACAAAAUGACUCGAGUUGUUUUUCUGGGGAACAUGAAGCGCCUACUUACAACAGGAGUCUCGAAGUGGAAUACGAGGCAGAUCGCACUGUGGGAUCAGGAGGAUCUGUCCAUGCCGCUGAUAGAGGAGGAGAUCGAUGGGCUCUCAGGGAUGCUGUUCCCAUUCUAUGAUAUGGACACACACAUGCUGUACCUGGCUGGAAAGGGAGACGGGAACAUCCGAUACUAUGAAAUCACGGUGGAAAAGCCAUUCCUGACCUAUCUCAUGGAAUUCCGAUCAGCGGCUCCACAGAAAGGACUUGGAGUAAUGCCAAAGCACGGGUUGGAUGUGUCAGCAUGUGAGAUAUUUCGCUUUUACAAGCUCAUCACCCUAAAGAAUCUUAUAGAGCCGAUAUCUAUGAUAGUUCCAAGAAAGUCAGAAACCUACCAGGAGGAUAUUUAUCCUAUGACCCCGGGGAUUGAGCCAGCCAUGAGUGCUAAAGAAUGGCUAAGUGGCAUCAACAAAGACCCCGUUCUGAUGAGCCUGAAGGAAGGGUACCGCAAGGAGUCAAAGGCUACAUUUAAAGCUCCGGUGAGAGACAAGAAGAGUAUGGUUGUAAACAGCAUCGAUUUGCUAGAGAAUGUGCCACCUCGCACGGAAAACGAACUUCUGCGCAUGUUCUACCGGCAGCAGGAUGAGAUUCGACGUCUGAAGGAGCAGCUGGCUCAGAGGGACCUCCACAUCCGACAGCUGGAACUGGAGCUCAGAAACCUAAGGAAUAGUCCUAAAGAAAGCUAG